CUGGGUGUGGCCGGCGGAUCUCGGCAGCGCUGGUCUCGGCGGUGCGCUGCGCUCUGCACGCCGGCUCCGCGCACGGGGGGCUGCUGAGCGCCCCGCGGACCCAGCAGCGGCCGGUCGACGCGGAGCCCAACUCCUUUCAGUUGCUUUCACUUCUUAAUUUCUGAGCUAAACAAGUUAAAGGAUGAGUGAACUGGAACAGUUGAGGCAGGAAGCUGAACAACUUCGGAAUCAGAUCCAGGAUGCCAGGAAAGCAUGUAAUGAUGCAACACUUAUUCAGAUCACAUCAAAUAUGGAUUCCGUGGGUCGAAUACAGAUGCGAACGAGACGUACGCUGAGGGGUCACCUAGCUAAAAUCUAUGCGAUGCAUUGGGGAUACGAUUCAAGGUUACUCGUCAGUGCUUCUCAAGAUGGAAAAUUAAUUAUUUGGGAUAGCUAUACAACAAAUAAGAUGCACGCUAUUCCUCUGAGGUCCUCCUGGGUGAUGACCUGUGCCUAUGCCCCCUCUGGUAAUUAUGUUGCAUGUGGAGGACUGGACAACAUCUGCUCUAUAUAUAACUUAAAAACCAGAGAGGGAAACGUGAGAGUGAGCCGAGAGUUACCAGGUCACACAGGCUACUUGUCUUGCUGUCGAUUUUUAGAUGACAGCCAAAUUGUCACAAGUUCAGGAGAUACAACUUGUGCUUUGUGGGACAUCGAAACUGCCCAGCAGACCACCACAUUCACUGGGCAUUCUGGAGAUGUGAUGAGUCUUUCUCUGAGUCCUGACAUGAGGACUUUUGUUUCUGGUGCUUGUGAUGCCUCUUCAAAAUUAUGGGAUAUUCGAGAUGGAAUGUGUAGACAGUCUUUCACUGGACAUGUGUCAGAUAUUAAUGCUGUCAGUUUUUUCCCAAAUGGAUAUGCCUUUGCCACUGGCUCUGAUGAUGCCACUUGCCGGCUUUUCGACCUCCGUGCAGACCAAGAAUUACUGCUGUAUUCUCAUGACAAUAUUAUCUGUGGAAUCACCUCUGUAGCUUUCUCAAAAAGUGGGCGCCUCCUGUUAGCUGGUUAUGAUGACUUCAAUUGUAACGUAUGGGACACGCUAAAAGGAGAUCGUGCAGGUGUUCUUGCUGGUCACGAUAACCGGGUCAGCUGUUUAGGUGUAACAGAUGAUGGCAUGGCUGUGGCAACAGGCUCUUGGGACAGUUUUCUUAGAAUCUGGAAUUAAUAGCAUGUGCAGGUUUUUCUGUUCUCCAUUGCUAUCUGGAGAAAUCAGUGCUACAGCCUAUAGCUGUGAGAAGAAAAUUCUACCUUAUAUUUGCAGGUGAAGAUUUUUCUAUUGAGAUAAUUAUAUACAAAAAGAAGCUUUCAGUAAACUAUAAAACAAAAAAGUGGGGGGAAAAAAAAAAAAAGGCAAGGGUGCUUGCUGAGAUCAAAAGGACCAGUGCAUUAAUUUGAGUUGAGCUAAUUUAACUUUGAUGAAUUUUUGCUUGUACUCAGAUUCUUUAUUUUCUUUGUGUAGGACAGAAUGUACACAUUAUAGCAGUCUAUCAUGUUUGUGUGUUUGCAUUUUUUUAAGAACUACAUUUUUAACUUUCUAUACAUAAGAAUAUCACAUUUUUGAGUUAUGUAAUGGAGGAAGUAGGCACAGUGAUAGAUGGAAGUGAUUCCAGAUGUAUGUGUGCUGUAUUUGAAGAAAGUCUUCUUGAAGUCUGACCUUCCUUUUUGAUGUAAAAGACAUUUGGUUGCCUAAUGUUUAUACUAGCAGGCUUAGGUACUUCUGAGGGGAGACCCUUUUGAGUAUCAGUAGUUUCUGGUGCAUCCUUGGCCAUCCUGUGAAUUUAAAGAAGUGCUUGUUUUCAGUCCUUGGAGGGGGAGAUAAUCUGAAGGCCAGGGAAUCAAGAUUUCAUUCUGAAAUUUUAGACAUACAUAAGAAACUCCUAUGUUAAUAGCAGUAAUUGCAUAAAAAUUAUUGACAUUUUAAAAAUGUGGUUAUGACCAAGACCCUUUCAGUAGACCUCUAAAUAGUUGGGCUUACUUUCCUAUGGAUUUGAUAUUCUAGAACUGAGUUUGUAGGUACACUCAUUAUUUCAGAUUGAUGAACGAUUGGACUGUCCUUGAAUCUGAAGAGUUUUCCCCAGUGUACUCCAUUGACCUACACGUAGAUAGGAAAUAAUGUGAUGACAUUAUAUUGUUGAAAGAAGUGUAAAAUCUAAUCAGUCACUAGACUUGAUUAGUUCUAAUUGUGUAGUGUAACAAAGUGGCUUUAUGAAUUUAUGUUCAGAUAAUACAAAAUCUGAAUUGAUAAAAACUUUCUGUGACUUAAAUUUGAAAGGAAUAUUAAAGCUUUUUGCUCUUCUGUAGUACUUCUUCUUUUGGCACAAAAUACUGGUUUCUAAGUGAUUUUUGCCUCAAAGAAUGCUUAGAUCCAAGUGACUCCACUUGAAAGCCAAAAGAAAAAUUCUAAGAGCAGCUCUUUAAGGAAUCAGAGGAAAACAGUAAGCAGUUCCUCUGUUCGUAAAUGGUAUAAUGUGUCUGUUACUAGAAUGCCUGCCCGCCCCUCCCUCACGUCAAAUUUAAACAAAGAUACUUUUCCCCUUGGAUUUUCUUCUAUAAAGGAAGCUAAAUGACAAUAGAAGAUUGUUAGUCUUGCUUGAUGGUGAAGUCAUGGGUUAUUCUGAUAUAUAGAAGUGCAUUGUUUUGUGAUUUAGUGAACUGCAUCUGUUACUGUUGAGACAGGUCUCAACUUUUCAUCACCUGUAACCCUAACCUAAAUACUCCCAAACUGUACUUGUGAAUUUUCAUUUUUAUAUUGUGAAUGUGCUAGUAAGUGAAUCAGCUAUAAUGUAUCAGUUUUAAGAACAGCUGAUAAUAAUAAAAAGGAAAAUGGAUACAGGAAGAUUAUGAUACAGGACCAAAAAAAUACAGUGUAGGUGGCAGGCAUGAAUGUAUAUUUAUAAACACAUAAGAUUUCUAUGAACCUUUUGCAGUUAAUGUUUGUGAACUGUCAUUUCAUAAAGAGCAGUUCUUUGAGAUAAGGCAAGAGUAUUUUAAAGGAAUGUACUCAUUUCCCCAAAAGGUGAGGGUCUGCCAUGUAGUUCAGCAAUUCAUUCCAAAAUCCUAUUCAAGAAAGCAUUUCUGCCAUGUGCCAAGUAACAUAUAUGUAUGAGAAGCAAAGUAACAUACACACACACACACAUAUAUGAGAAGUAUCUCUUCUACUUUGAAAUUUAAUAAGAUACUUUCGUCAGAAGCACAGCCUACUUCCAUGGUCUUAAGCAUUUUGAUAGAAUGAUUUAAAAAAUCUUGCAUAGAUUAGUUGAAAAGCAGCUCCCAUAAUUAAAUAUGUACUAGGCAACUAAAAACCAACCACUGUUGUGGUUUCUACAUAAUGACCAAAUGGUGACCUCAUUACCACAUUAACUUUCUAGUUAAACCUUUGCUCUCCAGUAAUAUAGGUUCCAGUUGCUAAACAUAUUUGUUUCCUGAAGCUCAAGUUCAGCUGGUGGUCUAUUUAAGUGCUGUGCAUUAAGACUUCCUAUAACCAGUUAAGAAUAACAUACUAUAUAGAGGCACUGUAUAAAUUUUAGUUCAAGACUAAAAUUAUGUCCAAAUACAGUUUUAAAGAAUUCGAUCAAGAAUGUUGCAUUUAUUUGGUGCCUAUUAAUUUUCUUUUACCUUAUAAGAAGCAUUUAAACAUAAUAUGCCUCAGCAUUUUUAUUUGUAGACUCCUCAUUAAUCACCUUGUAAAGUGUUUUUUUCAGAUCUGGCAAGAAUUUUUUUUUUUUUUUUUUUUUUGAGAAUCUUAGGUUCCAUGCUCAGCACAGAGCCUGACACAGAGCUUGAUCCUAUGACCCUGGGAUCAUGACCUGAGCCUAAAUCAAGAGGCAGAUGCUCAACACACUGAGCCAUCCAGGUGCCCCACUGCAAGAAUAUUUUAAGAGAACAUUCUUUUCUAAAAAAAAAAAAAAAAAAGUGAGCAUGAUUGCCAUGUGGUUCAGCAAAUCAUCCCAAAAGCUGAUACUAAGGGCCUCUCUACUUUGAUGGACAGGCCUCAUUUUUGGCAGCUGUAUUAGAGGUUUAGACUGAAUGUCCAAGGUCCCUCCCUAGCUCAGAUUUUUAUAGUUGUAAUCCCAUGGUUACAUGCACCAUAUUGAGUUUUAUCUUCAGAGGCAAAAAUCUGGCUUUAAUAUUUUAAUCUUAAGAGUCUAAUAGACAAUUCUUAUUUUAAUUUAGUAAUUUAGACUCAGCUGAACCCAUACUGCGAUGAUAGUAAACUAGUCUCCUAGACACAAUGGAUGUAGGUGCUUCUGAAUGUGUUGAGCCAUUUUAAAGUUAACCUAUUAAGAGAAAUGGAUCUUGACUUCUCCAGGUGACAAUGAAACUUUUAUUUCUAAAAUAUACUGUGCCAAUAUUAUAACUGACUUUGUCCGACACUAUUGAGGUCUUAGAUUUAAUAAAAUUUUAACCUUUUUAAAAGUGAAAACAUUCAGGGAAAUUUAUGCUCUGAUUACUGUUGAAUGUUUCACAUAUUGAAUAGUUACGGCUUAUCUGUUGACAUUUAAACUUACGGAAACUGAUUAAACAAUCUUCUAAAUUGGCCUAUCAUUUUAACAAUAUUCUUUCUAGCAUCUUUAGGGUGUAAGUAUAAGGCUUAAAAAUUUUUGCUUUUAAAUUAAGGACUAUGUUCAGCUUCAAAUUUCCCCUUUGCCAUUGUGGAAAGCAAAAUUUUAAACUGUCUUAUCUCCUGUGAGAAUUUAAAACAUGCACAAGGAUAGACCGUCUUUCUUGUGAGAAAUUUAAAGUAAAAGGUGAACUGUUUCCUAUUUACUAGUGUUUCUCCCGUUCAUUUUGAAUUGUCUUAAAUUCAGUGGUGUAUUUAAAAAUAUUGGUUACAAUAGGUACUCAUUAAGAUGGUUUGUAGUUGAAUGUCUAAGCUAGCAGUGUAUUUUUUAAAAGUUAGUCACAGAUUGAUGGUACACCUUGUAUUUAGCCAAUUUGCAUGUUGAUAAAAUUUCCUGAGUCUUUUUUCCUUAAAUCCAAUUACUGAUCCUAUAAAAUAGUGAUAAUGCAGCAUCAUGAAAAAACUGGUUAUGUGUUUCAACUGGUUUUAAGUGUUCCCAACAAAAUCUUACAUCAUGUAGUAUUUAUUUUUUACUUAAUGGAAUUUCAGUGAUACUUGGUGGAUAUUUCAAGCCUUUUUGUCUUUUACACAAUGGUGCUCUAUUCUAUUGUUUUCAAAGAAGCAUUUGAACACUUGGAUUUGUGUAUUCUUAUCCAAAGGCAUCCACAAAUAAGUGGGUUUUUAAAGCUGAUUAUUUUUUCCCACUUAAAAUGGAUUCUACAAACUCGUAGUGAAUUGACUCUGAAUGUCAGUAGUAUGACUUGGGGAAAGGUGAACGUAGUAGAUUAAAGCUCUUAUAAAAGCUUUAAACCAAACUAUGGACUUGUACCAUGAUUUAAUAGUAUUCUUGGAUCUUUUCUUGCACAGUGAUUCAUUCCUUUAUUUGUACAGUAGCUCUGUGAGAUAUUGCUGUGAAUUGAUAUUGUAAUCAAUAAAGUGCUUUUAACCAGA